UUGUUAAGGAUAAAGGAAUCGAACCAGCUGCAGUGGAGGUCUACGGAACUGUCGAGGCAUGGCGAAAGUGCGGGUACAUUGAAGGCUCGUCUUUUCCUUUCUCAUGGUCCGUCUACUCCUUCGAGGACGUUCGUUCAGUUUCAAGCGGCUGAUGUAACUUUCUCGGGGUUGGACGUAGCAUUGAAUAGCCGUGAUUACAGGCUGUCGCUUUUGAGAAAGCGCAUUGUGUCGGGCAAAUAUGUUUGCGAGCCGGAAGUGAGAUGA